AUGGAUAUCCUUAACUCGGACAAAGAAGGCCUUUUCAGAUCACUUUCAGAUUCACUGCCAACUCAUUGCAGACUUAAUAUAGAGUCGUUUUCGUUGCUAACCGAGUAUCAUGGAGUCGAUGGUUAUGAAUCCAAAACGUUCGAAGCCGGAGGAUACUUAUGGAAACUGGUGCUGUACCCAAAUGGAAACAAGAAGAAGAAUGUAGAAGACUACAUCUCUGUCUACUUGCGCAUAGUAAAAAAAGAUACACUUCGGACUGAUUGGGGAGUAUCUGUUGAUUUCAGAUUGUUUCUGCUUGAUCAGAACAAGGGAAGGUACUUGGUUCUCGAAGGUGCUUUUACAAAGCAGAAGUGCAUUCACGCGGGGAUGCUUGAUGUAGGUUUUGAUAAGCUAAUCAGUCUUAAAGAAUUUACUGAUGUUUCCAAUGGAUAUCUCAUCGAUGACAAGUGUGUCUUUGGAGCUGAGGUCUUUGUUUGCGAAGAAAUAAAAACAGGCCAAGCAGAGGGUAUAUCAAGGUUAAAGAGCCCUAAUAUGUACGAGCAUGUUUGGGAGAUUCAGAAUUAUUCUAUCUUACCUCCUCCAUGCCACCGGUCAGAACCAUUCACCGUUGAAGGACAGAAGUGGAUGAUAGAACUCUAUCCCGAGGGACAUCCUCGCUCGGGGAAACAUACUCAUCUUUCUCUUUACUUGGGAUUGGCUGAUAAACAAAAAACUCCUGUCAUCACUGGAGUAUAUGCAAAGUAUACCUUACGCCUCAACCCCAACAAGAACAAUGCUGGCUAUCAUGGUUCAGGUAAGGGUUGUUUUACCACAACCAGUGGCAAAUAUGGUUGGCACAAAUUCAUUCCAUUGAGCGAUUUACAUCAUUUUGUGAGGGACGAUACUCUCAGAGUGGAAGCAGAGAUCACUGUUGUUGGAAUCGCUAAAGAAUUUCCAAAGGCAAAGGACAUUGUCCAUACAACUGGGGAGGGUUUUUUCUCCUUCAAUUCGACUGCACUUGUCAUAUCCUUGUCCACCGUUGUCAUUGUAACUGCAACGUCAAUCUUCUUCAAGUGGCGAGGUUGA